UGUAAUUUUUAACCAGCCCUAAUGACCAAUGGGAUAUCAAGACUGACCCUGAGUUGAGCCAUUUCACCUUGACAAGCACGGUGGAAUGCUAAAGGAGCGGAGCUGAAAGUGUGUAUGUGUCUGUGUGCGUGCGUGUGUGCGUGUGUGAUUAGCAGUUAUUGGUGCAACAGGGGCACAAACAUUUCUGUGGUAAACUCGUCCUGGACACGAGGCUCCACAUCAUGGAUAACCUGACUUUAGCUUUUUUUUCUUACCACCAACCAUUCAUCCAGCUGACCGUCAGCUAUGACUCUGAAGUACUAUUUUAGUUGUGACUAUAGGUCUGUUGCAGAUGGUGAAUGAAAAGUGUUGCAUUCUUAAACACUGAUGAGGCAAAGUAUUUGAGGUCAUGGGGAACUUGGAGAGUGUGUGGUGGAUUGUAGUGGAGUGCGCCUGCCGGAUCCUUGGUGUUUCAACAGCAACAGUGUUGUGUGCCGUGGGAGUGGAGACCCUUCACCGGGGAGAAUUCAACAGCCUCGGCAUAUACCUCCUCGUGUCAGCGGUUGCCAUCAUGAUCUUUGAGAUGGCCUAUUUUCUGGACGCUCUCCUGUUCAUGUGUCUGCCCUGUCCUCCAGACUGGCAGCUAUUUGUGUUGUGGGGGAAGAUGGCUCGCAUUGGAGGCUUCCACAAGUUCCUCUAUUACUCCAUCAUGUCCGUGGUCUGCUUCUUGCACCCUGUGUUAGUGUGGCAUGCAGUUAUCCCAGGUAUAAUGCUUCUGGUGACAGCUGUUUUCAACUUCAUACUUAGCAAAAAAACAAAGAACAAGACACACAAAAGGCCACAGGAGCGUUACAGCGAGCAAGGCCUGACCACUGUGUGUGUGCCGGAGACUGCAGAAGCAGACAGCGCCUCCUCCUUGUUCUUCCACAUGGGGACAGGAAACAGAGCGGGACAAGUGGCCCUCACACCCAGAGACGGAUGCCUCGGCCUAGGCGAGAGAGGAGAGAGCGUCCAGGCCAUGCUGCAGUUGGAGCAGACAGCAUCGCCCAAAGACGUAGACAGGGAGAGGAAGAGGAGGAGGUGGAAAGAGAGGAGGCUGAUAAGCCUCAGAGGUAGGGAGGAGCCUGUGGAGCGGGAGAUGGAGGAGAUGGACAGCUACUGUGAGGCUGAGCCAGACACCACCUCAGACACGGCACCUAUGAUUACUGACUGAACGUCCCCCCGAGCUCAGACUAAGCUCUUUGCUGAUAUCACAUGAUGGAAAGCUUGAGUUGUGCUGACUGGGUGCAAAUAGCAGGUGCCACAUAUUCAACUGGAAAUACCCCCAAGAAAAUAUCUGACCAGCCAAAAUGAGACAUAAACAUAAAAUAUAAGAUUUAAAAUGUAAAAAUAAAAUGUUUAUGUAUUCUCUAAGGCUCUGUACAAAUAUAAUAUGUAAUUGUUGUU